GUGUGUGCCAGCCUUGUUUGUAUGCUUGUGUGUGUCCCGACAAAGGCUCCAUCCAGCCGUGCUGCAGAGGGCUGCUCAUUCCCAGAGAUCCUCAGAGCUCCAGGACGCCCAGUCUCUGCGCUGCCUGCAGCCAAGACACAGCAGCCCAGACACGGACACUCACCCUGCUGCUGCCCCCACUAUUCUGCUUCUCCUGGAGCCUCAACACCUGUUUGGAUUAUUAAUGGAUGGGAAAACAGAGGGAAGUUUUAAAGUGAGUAAAUUGGGGGUGUUUGGAGUUUGAAGAGAAGAGAUAAUAGAGGACCCCUCUAUCCUGGACCUCAAACUUGUACAAAAACCUACUGGCUAUCUUCAGAAACAACAGGCUUUCUCUAUAACUGGAAAUGUUUUUAAACUGUUAUUUUUAAAGUUUUAUGAAACAAUCUUGAAGUAAUCUUAGCAUUUCUUUUUCGUUGAUUUUUGACUUUGACAAACAAACAGCACCCCCCACCCCACACACAAUUUUAUGGAUUUCUGGACUUGCUCAAUCUAAUUGAAAAUUUUUGGAAACUUUGCCAACAUCAGUUACAAAUUGUUGUUUUCAGUGGAUUGGAAAUUUCUGGGAACAUUUCUGGAUUUGUACUGAAUUAUUUGCAGAUUUCGUAGCAACAGGUAGUCCUGAACUCUUCUGGUUUGGGUUUAAAAGGAAACUGUCAUAUUAAGUUUUGCAUCAUGGCUCUGUCAGUCGGUCUGUGGCUGUGUCUGUAUCUGUUGCUGCUGGUUACUGAUGCAAAGAGUGCUGAGCAACAUGAUGGGCAGCAUAGCAACAAUGAUAGACCUUCCUCCCCUGUCGAACCGAAGCCCCUUUGGAUCGGCAAACCGGUCAAAACCCAGGAUGACUCCUACGUCCUUGACAAGAGCCUCCCCCUACCCGAGAUGCUGGACCUGGACCUUGACCGUAACCGCCGCCAAACCCGUGGUGCGGAUGAAGAGGAGCAACAGUCCACCUUUGGUGAUUCCUUCGAAAAUGAAUGGGUUACGACGCCUCAAGUUACUGAGUUCAGCAAUAAAACGACUACAGUGGCUGGAAAUGUGGUUCAUGAAGAUGAUAACCUCCACGCAAACACCUCCAAUGCUGACCAUGAUGUUCCAGGACUCUUCAACCCCUUUUACCCCCUGAUGGAGAGCUCAUAUGCAGCCUACGCCAUCCUGUUCCUGGCUGGCCUGGUGCUGGCAGUGGGCGUAGUAGGAAACAUGGCGGUCAUGUGCAUUGUCUGGAACAACUAUUACAUGAGGUCAGCCUGGAACUACCUGCUGGCCAGCAUGGCAUUUUGGGACUUCCUGGUUCUGGUUCUGUGCCUUCCUGUGGUGGUUCUCAACCAGCUAUCCCAUAGGAGGAUCCUAGGUGACAUCACCUGUCGCAUGGUGCCUUAUAUGGAGGUUGUAUCUCUGGGCAUCACCUCUUUCACUUUGUGCGCUCUGGGUAUCGAUCGCUUCCACGCUGCCACCUCAUCCUCCCAGCCAAAGGCUCGGCGGGUGGAGCGCUGUCGCUCAGUGCUGAUGAAGAUGGUGCUGGUGUGGCUCUCUGCUCUGCUGCUGUCCAGCCCUGAAAUCUUCCUAUGGCAGCUCAGCCAGGCCGUGUCUCCAUCCACCGGCAAGCUGGUCGACUCUUGCACCAUCACGCCCUCCUCUCCUCUGUCCCUCUACCUGCCUGAUUCUCUUCACUCCCUGCUGCUCAGGUAUCACCAGGGUCGUAUGUGGUGGUGUUUUGGCUGCUACUUCUGCCUCCCUGUCCUCUUCACUAUCCUUUGCCAAAUGGCCACCCGGAAUGUCAAUAACGACUCCAGCGCCACCCAAAAGCAGCGCAACCUUGAUGAACGCUCCAACCAGAAGCGUCAACAGCACCAAGCCUUGGAGCGACAGCUGAACUGCACUCUACUAGCUCUAGCUGUUGUGUAUGGCGUGUGUGCUCUGCCCGAGCAUGUCUGCAACAUCACGCUGGCCUACACGCACAUCACCAUCUCCGAAGACACUGCCACCAUGCUGGUGCUGUUACAUCACUUCCUGUUGUUCUUCAAGUCAUCGGUGACGCCGGUGCUGCUGCUGUGCCUGUGUAAGGCUCUUGGCCAAGCCUUUAUGGACUGCUGCUGCUGCUGCUGUCAGGAGUGUCAGCCAACCGGAGCCCAAGGCUCUCCAGGACCUCCCCAGGUCAAACUCAAGGGGGCCAAUGAGACGUCCAUCUUCUUUGAUAAGGCUAAAGACACGUCAGCCAUUUUGUCCAUCUCUAGCUAGAGCAACAAGUCUGUCUCUGACUGUCGAUCAUCUCUUCUUCUCUUAGUUUUUCCUCCUUUGCUCCUCUCUACAACAUUACCUGUAUACCCACCAUCUCCUACACGUUCUUUCCAUUUUUCACUAUUUUGAAAAUAUUUUUCAACUUUCUGUCUAUUCUCUCGUUCUACCGGACCAUCAUUUGUAUGAUACUCCCAUGUGGACUCAGAGUUACUCCCUUCAGCUUCCUGUCAGUGCAGGAAGUAAUGUUUAAUCUGUAGCAAGAUUAGAAGAAGAUGGUGUACUUGCACAACCACUUGUUAUAAAUGCAGGAGCCUGUUUCAGGACUCUGAAAGAACUCAUCUCUCUGGCAUCCUGCUGCACAAUAUAUGGAAAUGUCUUGAAAGUCUUCCUUGGUUACACUCCUUAGAUCGAUGCUGUGGGGCUCAAGUUUGUUGUUUUUUUUGGAACAUGAAUUUAAACUCAUUUAUAUGCAACAUUAGUUUGGUGCAAGGCAUAGAAGUUUGCUGCUGUGAUAAGAGGUGAACUCUAUAGAGAGCUGAGCAUAAAUUUGAAAUUAAUAUGACAUUUUAAUAUAAACAUUUGAUCUGCUUAAAUAUAAAAUGAAAAACUUUUUGGAACAAUAUUUUUUUUUUUUUUAAAAAAUACAAAUUUCUGUAACUGAUUGAACUGAAACAUUUUAUUGACACAGGCCAGCCCGAAACAGCUUCAUUUCUUAGUUAAACAAAUGUUGCUGUUGAGGCAGAAAUAAUCUUGUGAAAUCCUUUCCUGUAAAAUGGGAUACGAGUUAUCCUGGUCACUGCAGGAUGUACAUUUUACUUUUUCUUUAUCAACAGUUUCUGGCUAUGAACUAGUUUGUGUUUGCAUGUUAGUUUCGCCAGUGGAAAAAUAAUGAUAAUGUACAGAGGGUUAACUUUAGCUUCCCAAAUUUAAUUUAGAGUGCACUUACACCUGCACUUCUUAAUUCAGUUAAAUCUGAUUCUCAAUAUGAAUUAUCUGGGCAGGUGUGACUACAGUGAAGAGCAAACACACCAAAACCCUUUACAGGUGGUUUUAUUCUGGUCCCAAACAAACUUUGGAACGGUUCGUUUAUGGGUGGGAUGAUGAGCUGCUCAUGUUCACAUAAUUUCGCUCUUUGUGUAGAGUAAGUGUUUAAAAAUGCUUUUAGAAAUGUUUGAACAUUUCAACCAAAAGUAAAUAAGUUUAGACCUUGAAACUAUUUUUCCUUGAAAACCAGAAAAUUCCAAGAACUUUGAUGGAAAUUCCUAAAAGUUGACAACAAACAUUUACCAUUUAUCUUGAAAGUUUUUCCUUCUACAUUUUCGCAUCAUCUACAAUUUAAAGAAAGAGUUCGGGUUAGAUUAUUUCUGCCUCCAGUGCAGUGCUGCCUUUCAGCAAUGCUUGCAGCAUCUGUUCAGCAACAACCAGGAAUUCUCCAUUGAACUGUGCAGCUCAUAUAUGCAUAAUAUGCACCUGUGGAAGGAAAAUCAGGAUGUGUUUAAAGUUAUUUCUAUGGGUUCUGUUUUUGGGAAAGGAUGUGGCGCUUCGUGAGGCCACUAACCCAUCCUGAAGCAAUAAGAUGAAGAAAGUGGUGAAACGGGGACGGGAGGAUAUCUGAAGAGUUUUUGAACAGGACUCUCACCCUGUCAAUACUGAGGUGCUCUGUUUGUACAGGAAGUUCUACUGUGUAGUUUUAAGAGACGUAAUCUGUAUUUAACAGAGUGCUUUCACUCAGACUGUCAAUCUCAAACAACUAGAACAAACGAAGAAAGAGAACCAUGAAUGUAGCUUAUUUUUAAUGCUAGAUGUGUAACUAAUGACAUAUUUGUAUGGCAGGAAAUGAGUUAUUAGUUUUUUGUAUGUCACAAGAAUGCAUUUGUAAUAUUUGAUGUCACCAUGAUGAAUUUCUGACCAUUGGCUAAGCAGAUAGCCCUUUUCCACUAAUACCUACUCGACACCACUCAACUCGGUUUGGGUUAUUUUCGAUUACAAUUGGGGACUCCCUAAUGUGCGUAGGGUCUGUAUACCAAUGCGGUCAAAAGUCCUGUGAUGACACUUGGAUGUGACACAAACAGGGUGUUGAGGCGAUGGUAUACUUGCUGCUCAGUCUAAAAGUUUUUGGCAGACUCUGGGACCGCCGUGUUGUUUUCUGUGGAGCCAUUUCCCUCGUUGCCGGGUUUCAAAAUUGGCAGUUUUGAUUUUCGUGAAUGAGUCACUCUCAUGACUCACUGAGUGACGGCAUUGACUAGCCAAUUGGUGGGGUACAGUCUGUUGACAUCACGUUUUUCGGAUUGGACUUGGAAGGGCAGCCAAGUAGAUACUAAAAAAGUACCUGGUACCUGUUAAUACCGCAUGCCAGGGAAACCCUAAAAACCGAGUUAAACUGAACUGAGCAGAUCCGUACUAGUGGAAAAGGGCUUUAAGUGUCUGAAACAACAAAGUGCCAGUAAGAAGUAGUCAUACGAACUUUGCAAAAUGUUGACUGCCUUAUUUCAAGAUCUGCAGAACAGCCUUUAAACAAGUGCUUUUUAUUCACUAUUUCAAAUCUGCAAAUUAAACCUGGAGGGAAAAAAAAGAUCUCCUCUGCUACAACUCAAAAUUGUUGACACCGAUGAUGUUAAUCAAGCUGAUUUUGUGGUAACAAGAUCUAAUAUGUGGUAAAAAGAUGUUACUACACAUUUGAUGUGGAAGAAACUCUGACAAGACCGAAGUUACCAUGGCCGCACAGAUGAGUUGGAGAGUCAUUGAAAUUUUGUGGGAAGAAGUGGAAAAGUAUACCACAAUCUGCUUGGGUCUAAAUGACGUAAAGGUUGUGUUCAGACACAGAGUGGGAGAAGCUCUGCAUGUCUGCCACCUUUUGUCUGUGACUUCAUGGACUCAUGUGUCCAUGUCUGUAACAGAGUAUAACUCCAUCUGUGGAGUGCAGCUAGGCAGGUCGUGAUAAUGUUUUGACUCCUCAGUAGUAUGACUGCUAUUGGAUUGGUACCAAACUAUGUUACAAACAGUUUCGAACUCAACAUUUAAAUUGCUAAAUGUAUGUAUUCUUAUCCUCAAAACAUCUCCAGCUGACAGUUUGUUUCAAUAUCUCGGUUCAAGCUCUGGGAUUUGAUAUUUGGUGCCAUCAUUUUAUGUUAUCUGUUAGAACAGAAGAGAAAUGUGGAUGAACAUUAGAAACAAAGGUGUAAACUGUUGCACCACAUCAAAAAUUCAAAUGAUAAAGUAAGAUAAAUUGAAAGAUUAAAUACUAUUUAUACUUCUUCCUGGUCUUUUCCCAUGUCGUUGUGCUACUGAUGAGCAGUUAUUGGAGUCAUGUUUUUUUGAUAAAUGAAAAAGAAAGUUUUGGAUUCACAAAGGUUUGGCUAAGCAAUGAGAGGAUGAUGAAAUUCAGCUCCAUCCAGGAGUUUAAACUUUACCAUGGUCGUUUCAAGAAAUUAUUUUAGUUGUUUGUACUUUAUGUUUGUUAGAGAUAAUCUAAAUCUACACUUAGUUUGCUCUUGUGAUGCCAUGAAAUGGAGACUGGAAACCUUUCUAAAAAUAAAAUCACAAUAAGCAACUUUACCAAUAGAAACUCACAGAUUUGCUUCCUGCAGUCACCUGCAUGUAAAGUAGAAUUUCUUUUGGAAAUUUCUCUGUAUCAUUGCAGGGUCUUUAACUUACAAUAUAAAGCUCCUUGAGGUGACUGUUGUCGUGAUUUGGUGUUAUAUAAAUAAAAUUGAACUGAAAAAUUC